AAAGCCUAAACCCUAUCGUUGCUCGUGUUGGACUUAGAGCUGAAAUGGCCGGUCCAUUGCUACGAUCUCUCUGGUCUACCACCAGAAAUUCUCUCUCCUCCAACAAUUCCAAUCCGUCCACCCUUCUCAAAACCUAUGCUACCCCCCGCGCCACCGGCCUCGCACGAGCCUUCUCGGCAGCGCCUGCUGCCGCAACCUCCUCCGCCGUUCCCAGCGGCGCGCUGGAUCCGAGCAGGCUUCGGAACGUGGCAGUGAUUGCUCACGUUGAUCACGGCAAGACCACUCUCAUGGAUCGGCUUCUCCGGCAGUGUGGCGCCGACAUCCCCCACGAGCGCGCCCUCGACUCCAUAAACCUCGAGCGCGAGCGAGGUAUAACUAUUGCUUCCAAGGUUACAUCCAUUGCGUGGAAGGACAAUGAGCUAAACAUGGUCGAUACACCUGGACAUGCAGAUUUUGGGGGUGAAGUUGAGCGGGUUGUUGGCAUGGUUGAGGGAGCAGUUUUGGUUGUAGAUGCUGGUGAAGGUCCGCUUGCGCAGACGAAGUUUGUUCUUGCUAAGGCCUUAAAAUAUGGGCUGCGCCCUAUUCUUCUUUUGAACAAAGUAGAUCGACCAGCAGUUUCGGAGGAGAGAUGUGAUGAAGUUGAGAGCCUAGUGUUUGACCUUUUUGCAAAUCUUGGUGCUUCAGAGGAGCAGCUAGAUUUUCCUGUUCUUUAUGCUUCUGCUAAAGAAGGAUGGGCUUCAUCCACCUUCACCAAAAGUCCUCCUGUUGAUGCGAAGAAUAUGUCACAGUUACUUGAUGCAAUCAUAAGGCAUGUUCCUCCACCAACAGCAAACCUCGAUGCACCAUUCCAGAUGCUGGUUUCUAUGAUGGAGCGGGACUUCUAUCUUGGCCGGAUAUUGACUGGGCGCAUUACUUCCGGAAUCAUUCGUAUUGGUGACAAAGUACACGGACUUCGAGGGAAAGACUCUGGGGUUGAGAAAAUUGAAGAUGGGAAGGUUGUGAAACUGAUGAAAAAGAAGGGCAUGAGCAUAGCUCUAAUUGAUAGCGCAGGUGCCGGAGAUAUAGUAUCAAUGGCUGGGUUGGCAAGUCCAUCGAUAGGCCACACAGUGGCAAAUGUGGAGGUAAUGACUGCAUUGCCGACUGUUGAAUUGGAUCCCCCAACCAUUUCCAUGACUUUUGGUGUCAAUGACUCCCCACUGGCAGGUCGUGAUGGUACCCAUUUGACUGGUGGAAAAAUUGGCGAUCGAUUAAUGGCUGAAGCAGAAACAAAUCUUGCUAUAAAUGUGAUCCCGGGCUUGUCCGAGUCAUUUGAAGUUCAGGGAAGGGGAGAGCUUCAAUUGGGUAUAUUAAUCGAGAAUAUGAGGCGUGAAGGAUUUGAGCUAUCUGUCUCACCCCCUAAAGUCAUGUAUAAAAUUGAGAAUCGUGAAAAGCUAGAGCCAGUUGAAGAAGUGAUUAUUGAGGUAAAUGAAGAGCAUGUUGGGUUAGUUAUGGAAGCUCUUUCUCACAGGCGAGCUGAAGUCACUGACAUGGGUCCUGUAGCAGGAAAUGAUGGCAGGACUAGAAUGUCUUUGAAUUGUCCCUCAAGGGGGCUGGUUGGUUACCGGAGCGUGUUUAGCAGUGAUACGCGCGGCACUGGAUUUAUGCACCGUGCUUUCUUGAUGUAUGCAAAAUAUCGUGGUCCUCUUGGAAAUGUGAGAAAGGGAGUAUUGGUGUCUAUGGGUUAUGGAACAAUCACGGCUCAUGCUCUCAUGAGUUUAGAAGCUCGUGGAACUCUCUUUGUGUCUCCUGGGAUGGAGACAUAUGAUGGCAUGAUUGUAGGUGAACAUUCACGAGAUACAGAUCUUGAUAUCAACCCAGUACGGACUAAGGAACUGUCCAACAUGCGGUCUGCUAACAAGGAUGAGAAUGUGAAACUAACUCCUCCUCGUCUUAUGACUCUUGAAGAGGCAAUUGGGUACGUUGCUUCUGAUGAGCUGAUUGAGGUUACGCCGAAAUCCAUUCGGUUACGAAAGAGAUACCUGGAUGCUAACAAGCGCAAAAUGAUGAGGAAUAAGCCCAAGGACUGAAGCCUUUGAACUCAAUACAGUUUUGUAACUUUAUACCUUGAUUUCAUUACCAAUUUCUGUUCCACCCCAAUUUAGGUUAUUCAUUAUGAAGUAUGAUGCUUUAUUCUUUUGCAUGCGCUGAGAGGUGAUGAAACUCAAUGUUGUAUUAAUUGAUAAGAAAUAAUGGUAAUGAGAGAUUAUAAUUAUUGACAUGUAAUAUGAAGAGCAAGAUGAUGUAUUAUUAAAAUGUUGUAUUAAUUGAUAAGAAAUAAUGGUAAUGAGAAAUUAUAAUUAUUGA